GUGCAUAACUAUACUUGUUUGACAGACCCUAGGCAAAGAGUAGAUGCUGCGCACCUAAGUUGGAGAUAACUUGAAGAAGCCCACUCUUGUCACGUUUUAUUUGAACUACGAUGUGGACUCACUGCAAGACCUGACAAUAGUAAUAUCAAGGGCUACCAACUGACAGGAUCGUACGCUAGAACGAAGAGAGAGAGAGACGUCACGACAGACAUAAACUCUUGUCCCCGCUACUCAAGAGACCAUCGUUAUCAAUGAGGACAUUAGGCAUGGCUGUGUUCAAGCAACAACGAGUGGAGGAUUUUUAUGAAAUUGGAGAAGAACUUGGCAGUGGACAGUUUGCCAUCGUGAAGCGCUGCAAGGAGAAGAGCACUGGCGUGGAGUACGCCGCCAAGUUCAUCAAGAAGCGCCAGAGCCGGGCCAGCCGUCGCGGGGUGCGGCGGGAGGAGAUCGAGCGCGAGGUCACCAUCCUCCAGCAGAUCCAGCACCCCAACAUCAUCACGCUGCACGACAUCUACGAAAACCGGACCGACGUGGUGCUCAUCCUGGAGCUGGUGUCGGGGGGAGAGCUCUUUGACUUCCUGGCCCAGAAGGAGUCUCUGAGUGAAGAGGAGGCCACAGAGUUCAUCAAACAGAUCCUCGAUGGCAUUCAGUACCUCCACUCCAGAAACAUUGUGCACUUUGACCUCAAGCCUGAAAAUAUAAUGCUGCUGAACAACAAAGUCCCUCUACCCCGCAUCAAACUGAUUGAUUUCGGCCUGGCACACAAGAUAGAAGAUGGAGUAGAGUUUAAAAAUAUCUUUGGGACCCCUGAAUUUGUUGCACCAGAGAUAGUGAACUACGAGCCCCUGGGAUUAGAGGCCGAUAUGUGGAGCAUAGGAGUCAUCACCUACAUCCUAUUAAGUGGAGCAUCUCCAUUCCUGGGGGAUACCAAACAGGAGACGCUGGGCAACAUCUCAGCCAUGAACUAUGAGUUUGACGAAGAGUUCUUUGGCAGCACCAGUGAGCUGGCUAAGAGCUUCAUCAAACAGCUACUGGUCAAGGACACUAGGAAAAGGAUGACCAUUCAGGAUGCUCUCAAUCACCCCUGGAUAAAGCCGGAGAACCCCAGACAGGCGCUGGUGCGCAGGCAGUCCGUGGUCAACAUGGAGAACUUCAGAAGGCUGUAUGCACGACGCAGGUGGAAGUUGUCCAUCAGGAUCGUGUCUCUCUGUAAUCACCUGACUCGGAUGAUGAGGAAAGGUCAGCCCAAACGGCAGGCAGCUCUACCCGGGAUUGUGGAGCGCACAGUGGCCAUGUUUGAGCGCGACUGCGAGAGCGACCAGGAAGAGGAGGUCAUGUACAGGAAGCCCAGGACUCGCAAGAGGAGCAGCACCUCCUGAAGCGCCUCUCUUCUGAGGGACUCCUCACGCUACUAAACCCAACAACCCCAGAGUAUUUCAGCACAAGAGUACACACCUGCCUAAACGUUUCAACCAUUCCAGCUUUCUGAGCCUCACCUGACAACAGUGAAGAGCCUUGAGUGGUCGAUUGCCUUUCAACAUGAUGUGCCCCAGGUUUUAUUUCAUGUACAUUAUGAAAACAUUUUAUAGUGCCACAAGGUGAUGUUUUGAGGUUUUUUGUGAAAUACUUUUUUGCAGUAGAUAAAAGGUUUGUCUACAAUUGCUUAUCGGCUGCCCAAGAGAAGAUUUAAAGAUGGUGCCUGUUUUGAGCUGAAAACAUACUUCAUGUACUUUACUUUAUAAAACUGUGUGUAUUUAGCAGGUCUUAAAAAGUGCCUUUGCAGUCUGCUCACUUAACAAGUGCCUCAUGUCCUCCUCUGUGUACUGAGGUAUUUUUAGCUGAUUUUGUCAAAUUCCCACUGUGUCCGGUUUGGCCGCUAACUCGACUAUGAUGGGUUGCAUAUAAAUAUGUUAUUUCCAGGUAUGCAUAUAAAUAUGUUAUUUCCUAUUUGAUAUGUGAAUGGGUUUUGUACAGUCUCAGCGUCUAUAUAACAGAGGCAAAGAGUGCCCAGAGAAUAUUUUUAAAUGUAUAUUAACUUCUAUGCCUUUGAAGUGUGAGUGCCAAUUUCCCUUCAGCCCCUUUAAAUUUUAGAGAAUGUAAUUAAUCUGAGGUAAUGUCUUACUAGCGUGGUUUACAACCCUUGUAAAUAAAUUGAUUUGUAACUAACCGGUAAUAGACACCGCAAAAUAACUCAUGUAUCUUUGCAGUUGUUUUCCAGCAUUGCUAAAUAUUUCAUGCCCAUAUUCUCAGCCUAGGAGUGGCUGGUAGAGUAGGUUAUUCACUUCUCCCUGGGAACCUUUUACCCUUAGGCCUGUUGUGAUGGCGUGUUUGUGUCACAGUCUUUCCAAAUGGGCUUACUGCAAACUGUCUCAAUUGUAUGGCAGGAAAAAAGAGAGAUUGGUUGGCUCACUGGUUUUCCCAAGGUGGUGACAGUCAUUUAUUAGUCUGACAAAUGCAGCUGGGAGAGUCUUCACGUCAAAAGUGCAUAAUUACCGUAGGCACCGUUGUGACAUUUCCAAAGAACAUUUCAUUGAAUUUAUUUUUUUAUGUUUUAUUUGUUUUUAUCUUUAUUUCCUCAUACUACUUCCUAAAGGCAUUCAGAGGCUAAUUGUGUAAGCUGUGGAACUCAUGUUGUUCAUAUUGGUUGACAUUACAGUCUCAGUCUUAGUUGGUGCCAACUUGUCACUGUUAGUGAACGCUCUAGAACAGAGCUUGUGCUGUGUGAUCCGUUAGAGUUGCCCAUGUACAGAUAGAUCUAGGUAGAAUUAUUUGUGAGUGUAUUUUUGAAAGUGUCUAAUGUUGUUUACGUUUGUGUGUGUGCACUCUUGCGUGUGUCUGUAUAUGUGUGCAUGCAUGCUUGUGUGGUUGGCUCUGUGGACCACAGAAUGUCUGUUAGUCUCUGUUUUUGUUUACAUUGUGCUUGGGCUAUUUACAGUAAUAACAUCUGUUCAUAUUCUUCAUUGUAAUUAAGAUGCAACUCAACCUCACCAUUCUGAGAUGUUGGAGUCGCUCCGACUUCCACCUGUUACCAUUUGUCUUAAAAAACUGCUGACUGCUAAGAAUGUGUUUAAUGACUGCUUUUUAAGUUUACCUCUAUGUUCUAUAAGCCCUAUGUUUUGGACUAUAUUUGUAAAAGUAAUUGGAGCAAGAGAGAAAUAAAUAUUUAAUAUAUUUA